GUAAUAUUUUAAAAAUUAUCCCUCGUUUUAUUAAAAGGAAGUUAAAAUGAAAGUAGACUAAGGACGUAAGGUAAACCGAAAGACAAAACGUUUUCAUUGCUUUGAAAAGCUAUUGUACUGGAUUGGAGUCUGUUAUUUCUUUCAACAAAAUAUGUAUGGGAUUCGAGUAUUUGGCUUACCGGACAAUAUUACUGACAAACACCUUAAGGUGUACUUCAGUAACCCCAGGAAUGGUGGAGGUCAUAUAGAGAAUAUAUAUCAUCCCCUACCCCAUGCAACAGCUGUUGUUAUUUUUGAUGAUAAAAGAGUUGUUCAGGAGGUUCUUAAAAGGGAGCAUACUUUAUCGGGACAGCCUGUUGGCGUAUCAGCAACCCCUAAACAGGUUUUCCGUCGUGCUGUGGUAGAGUUAGAGAAGGAUGUUUCCAACAUUCUCAGUGUAAACCCUCAACUUGUUGAUGAGUUGCAGUUUAUAGGGGAGAUAAACAUAAACUUUCAAUAUGAGAAAGAAAGAUAUCUGUUUGAUGGAUCUUGGUAUAAGAUUGAGUGGGCAAUGCAGUAUCUGGACACUGUGUUAGAUGCAUAUCUACCGGACUCGCAGUCAGGUAAUGAGUUACGUAGUCCUGUAUUAAAUACAAAUAGGAUAUCACAAGGAGGGGCACAGAGAAAACAAACCGAGGCGCGAGAUGAAAGUCCUCCUCGUAGUCAUCAAAUCAAGCGUCCAAACAUUCCAAUUGUAAAACAACCUAGAGGCGACGAGCAGCCAAAAUCUCUGCCAGCCUCGACCGGCACUCCAAUGUCUAACCUAAGUAAAAUGUCCGGAGACCGGUCCAGUUAUAAUGAAGAUUUCGUUCAAAGGGGGAGAAAGAACAAAAAUGCAUUGGCUACAGAAGGCGAAACGGCUAAAUCCCGUUCUACCGGAAGUAAAUUAUACAGUAAAACUAUGCGUUCAAAUCUGGAUGACAAGAAUGAGGAUGAUAAUUACUAUUACAAUAACAGCCAUGGAGCUACUGGCAAUUUCAAUGCUGAUGAGUAUUGGGGUCAAGGGAGAAAAUCGUACAAUAGGUUUGAUAAGGGGGACGACUCUGAUAGUGAGAAUGAGGCUAAUUUAGCUGCUGCCUAUGAUAGAAGAGUGGCGUUCGGGAGUGACACAAAUUUUGAUGAAAAUAAAAGGAGACCACAAAAAGCUGUUCCACGGAUGACCAAAGGUAUUGAUGUAGCCCAAACAGACUUUGGCGAGGUUCCAUUAAGUUUUACGUUCGAGCUAGCUGGUAACAUAAAAGUGCACGUUGCUAUGGACGAUAUCACCAAGCAGACGACAGACACAAUUGUGAAUCCCACAACCCCUGACCUCACCAAUGUGUAUGGAGUAUCGAGGGCUAUUGUGGCAUCAGCUGGACAUGAAAUACAAAUGGAAUGCCAGCGUUAUGUAGAAGAAAACGGACUAAUGAAUUAUGCAGGGGUUACACAUACUUCAGCAGGAGGUACUUUGAAUGAGAAAGUUGGGUUUGUGAUACACACAGCUGGACCAACUUGGCGUGAAGAAGACAGUGACUUUUGUACACAUAUGCUAGUAUGUACGUAUAUCAACUGUUUCCAAUAUGCAGAUGAAAAACUGUGGGUACAGUCUUUAGCCACACCUUUGAUCAGUGCUGGCUCAUUUGGAUUCCCAUUGGAUGUGUGCAUUGGGGCAUUUUAUGAUGCAUUGCUUAUAUUUUCUGACCAGUCAACAACUAAGCGCCACCUUAAAGAGAUACAUUUGGUAUGUUUUGAUCAGGAUUCUGCAAUGGCUACUAUCACUAUUGUCCAGUCACUACUGGACUGUGACAGCUCACAGUCUGUUGCAGCUGCAACUGAUAGAUAUUGGAUGAGAAAAGCAAAACACAAUUUCCAAGCUGAAAGCUUUACUAAACCAGUAAAACAAGAAACUAAUAAAGAUAAAUCAGAUGAUGAAGAUUCUGAUGCACAUGAUACUGAUAGAAGUAAACCAAGAGAAAGAACAAAAGAAGAAAUCAAAGAAUCAAGCAAAGAGGUUCAGAACAAAUCAGACAUGUUAAGUGACUCAGAUGAUGAAAGUAGAAAACCGGAUCCCCCUAACAAAAAAGCAAAUAUUGCAUCUGGAAGACUUGGUCAGGUUACAAGUAGGUCAAACCAAGAUGGUGAUAAAAUGGAACCAUCAGUAGAACUCGAAGGGUCAUUUAGUGAGAAGUUGAAAGAAAUUAAUACAUUUGAUGAAGAUAGUGAUGAUGACAGUUUAGAAAUAGAGCUUAGGGAUAAAGAUUUACGUUCUGUCGGAAACAAACAUGAAGAUGUUGAUAGUGAUAAAGAAAGCAACAGUGAAACUGAAAACAUAGAGAAAGAGAGACUGUUGGAAGAGAAUGUGCAUGAUGAUAAAAAGAAUGAUGAAUCACGGCACAGACAGAAGUUCAGUGACACAAACAGUAAAGAGGAUGAUGCAAUAAAUACAGAUGAUGACAAUGGUGAUGGUAAGGAUGAUGACAAACAUACAGCUUUUGGCGAGGGAAGACAUGAUGAAAAAGAGACUCAAUCUACCAGGUCAGAAAGUGCUCAUAAUUUAAAGGUGUCUCUGAAAAGAUCUAAUGAAGAUGAUGAGGAUGGUGGUGCCAGUAAGGAUAAAGAAGCAGAUGUGUCUGAUGAUGAUGAAGAGGUUCCGGAAAAAGAUGAAGAGGAACUUUAUUUAUAAAUAAUUAAUUGAACUUUUCAUUUCAGCUAAAGAUGUAUACAUAUAACUUAAAGCAAGAACAUUUUAUGCUUUAACAUAGAUAGGGAUCAAGUAUCGCUCCAGUUGUUCUAAAUGCAGGCUGCAACUGCAUUUACCUAUGAACCCAUUGCAGAAUAAGAUCAUGGUCUGCACUUUUUUGCUGUGCACAAGAUUUUCAAUCAAUAUUCCCAAAAAAUGAUGAAUCGUUUUGUCCAGAAAAAAAAUGUGUCAGUCCAUUAAAGAUAAUUAGCGUGGUAAGGUUAGUGUUUUAACACUUAAUAAGUAAAAGCAAAGUUUUGUUUAAUCUUUGAAUUAUUGUUCUUACCAACAAACCAGUGAUGUGAUAGUAUUAAUUUUAAUAAAACAUAUAAUGGCAGGACGUUUAUGAUUUUUCAUUUAAUUUACAGAUGCUUGUGUUGUUUAUUUUUUUCUUUUAGUACAUGUAGUACAUGUAUAAUUAGGUUAGUCUUGCAUUUGUCUUGGAAAAAUUGAUUUAUUGUAAAUGUACAUUGUAGCAAAUUUUUUUUCUGUAAGUACAUGCAGUACUAAACCAUUAUUUCAUAUAAUUCAUAGAAGGGUUUCAUUUGUUAAAAAAAAACUGUUAUUGUAUUUUCUCUGCUGCCAAUUUAGUCAGUUCAUUGUAUAAAGUUAGCUAUUUUUGUCAGUAAAUAUCAAUAACAAUGAAUUGGACUACACAUGAUUGACUUAUCACAUGGUUAUUUGCAUUUUUACAUUUGUAGACUGUUUAAAAAAUCAUAAACAAGUAAAAAAAAUGGUGGCCUUUUCAAGAGUUUGAAUAUCCAAUUUUGCAUAAAAAUAGUUCAUUAAUAUUCCGUAGUUUCAUGUAGGCUAGUGUUCUUAUUUAUUGCAGCUUUAUGAUUUUGUUACUAUUUUAUAAUAUACACUUAAGAAAAGAUAUAUUUUAAAGGAAUUAUUUCAUUUUGCUUUGUAAGUGUUGAUAAUUUGGAGCAAAGAAAUUGUUCAUUUAGUUCAAUUACAUGUAGAUCAUAAUCAUUAUAUUGUGCUAGUUUAAAAUUUGAUAAAAUGUUGCAAUAAUCAACAGAUAUUUUCAUAAAAUGAUUUUGUAUAUAGAUGUGCUUUAUAUCACAAUGUUGUUUGGUUGUUAGUGCCUUAAAUUAUGCAUAGAGGAACAUCUAAGGUCUUCCUCUCCAACCUUUUUAAGCUGUAAAGCUGGAAUAUUGUCAUAUAACUUUUACGAUGUUGACAUGUCCGUUUCUUUGUUGUGAGCAAGCAGGAGAUAUUGUAAGUCCUUUAGGUAGUCAACAGUUUGUAUAGAUUUGAAAUUACUUGACAGUUUGCUUAUUUACCUGGAAGCAAAAGAGACGGGAAGGAAAGAGAAGGCUUGUCCUUUAGUUAGAUGAUGGUAGGUCAACAGCCUGUAGCGUUCUAUGGAUUCUUUUUGGAUAUCUCAAGAAACGCUAGUCGGCAUAUUGUAGAUGUGUAGAUAUGGUUAGAUUGGUAUACUGUCAAACAAUAUAGGUGGUAUAUGGUUGAGGUUCUGAUAGUGGCAUUGAGUUCAACAGUUUAUAGAGGUCUAGAAUCACAUGGACAGUUUGCUUUGUUAUUGCUGGGCAAAUGAGAUUGCAUAUCGGUCACAGUUCAUCAUACCUAGUACAAUAAAGAGUGUUUUAUGUUGUGGGUUAAAUAACGGUGUUCUAUUGUUUUAUAUAAUGAAUGAUUAUUUGACAUUGUUGAUUUGCCUACUGUACAAAAUGGAUGAUGAUGUUGCUUUAUUUCAUUUAUAUUUAUGUUCUUGUUAUUUCUAUUGUUGCUUUUCAUGCUUAAUUAUAAAUGCCAUUAUUUACAUGAUUUGUGUUGUGUUUGAUUUAAAAUUUCAGUAGUCAGCUAUGACAAAUAAAUAUUCUGUUAAAAAACUAAAAAAACUUUCAG